CCCAGGUCUGCCUCCUGCUUAGGUUGGAAGCAGGUGGGCCUGGGAGCUGCCUGUGGGUUCUGACUGCCUUCUUGGGAGCCCUGUGCCCCACACCCCCGCCCCGCGCCCCGCGCUUGGCCUCCUGCGGCAGGGACGAGUCAGUGCGGCCUCCCUGGCUCCCUGCUCUUCCCAGCUGGCAGGAGGCACAGCUUGCUCUGCUGCUUCAGCUCUGUAGCCCAGCGGCCAAACUGCUUAGGCGACUGGGACAGAGGGGGCCCCGGGCACCACAGAGACAGCCUCCCUGGGGACCCCUGCUCUGAGGCCACCCAGGGGCCAGGCCCACGGGGCUGCGGAGGCCACUGCCUGUGUUUCUGUAAUGGAAACUUCUCUGCUGGUCUGUGAGCCACACUCCUCAGCUCUGGUUCCCACCCAGGACCCCGUUCCAGGAAAUGAAGACCACCCUGCCAGCCUCACGCCCCGACUCCCGGCCGGAGACCCAACACCAGACCAGGAAAAAGGCAGCCGCAGGGGACCCUCGCAUGCCCAGGGCAGAAAGGGAGAGUGAUAGGAAGGGUCCCCGCUCCAUCCUGAGACGGAGCCAGCCAAGGCGCAGGCCCGAGCCACAGAGCAUCUCCAGACAUCGCCAGCAGGGACACCAGGGCCGCCAUCAAGGUGUCCAGCCGGCACCGGCCCCACAGAGGCUCCCUGCUGCACCUCAUGCCCCGCGGCGGCUCCCUGCUCCUGCGGCUCUGCGCGUGUGUCCUGCUCGGGGUGGCUCUGGGCCUGUACUGUGGCAGGGCCAGGCCCGUGGCAACGUCCCUGGAGGACCUCCGAGCCCAGCUCCUGGUCCUCCUCAUGCACCUGCGGCACGUGCUCCUCACCUGCUGGCACUGCCUUCUGGGUCUCUGGCCAGUAGCCAGCCAGGACGUCGCCUCUGGACAGGCCUGGGUAGAGGAGGCCGUGGGCUAGAGCCCGAGCAGUCCUGGGCUCUGGGACGGGGGCAGCCCUGGCUCUGGACCCAGGAGACAGCCCUGGCAGCUGUGUUGAAAAACCCAGGGACUCCGCGGCGGGGGAAACUGGGGACAGGGACCCAGGACUCAAGGCCAGACAGGGUGACCAGCACCCCACCAGUACAGCGCCUGCUGUUUGGGGUUCACUGUGAGAGUACAUUUAGGUCCUCACCACCCUCGACCCGGAGGGAGCCCUAGUCUGACUGUCCCGUGUGCGGCCCCUUGAGGACAGGCACCCUGCCCACGUGUGUGGGGCCACUCAGAAGGCCAGACAGAGCCUUCUGCUGUCUGGGGGCCUGGCCAGGCCCAGACGGCGAAACCCAGCAGGAGAGGGGCCCUGACUGUUGGGGAGGCACCUCCCUCUGCAGCCCACGAGGCCCCUGGUGUGGGUCCAAACUCUGAGCCCAGCUCUGACCCCACACUUGACCCCAAGAGCCCAGGGAGGCCGUUUGGGGCUGGUUGCACUUAGGUGGAGAGAAGAGAGUUUCCAUUAAAAUCCCCACAACCUCUUUCAGUCAUGGGAUUUUUACAGGCGCGAGAAACAUGGGGCCACUUCGUGAGGAAUUCCCUGCAGCACCGGAGCAUGGGCUGGUCACUAGGGGCCUCCCUGCCCGCCGCAGCCACAUGCCCUUCAUGUGAGAACUGGGGUGCACUGAGCCUCGGGGCCAUGUCCCCCAGCAAGUCCUACUGCUCAGGAUACCAAGCCCCGGCCUCAGAGACCAUGGGCAGGGAGCGCCAGUGUUUCCUGCAGCUUCAGAUUCAGGGGAGUCCAGGGUGAGGGAGCCCUGCAGAGAGAGGCCCUGUUUCCAGAAGCAGCCUCAAGAGGACCAUGGUGAGGGGUCAGGGGACCCCGGCAUAGUCAUCACCAUGGUUACCAGUCCCCUGCACCAGCCCAGCUGCCCAGGGACCCAUCCCAUCUCACCCACCCUGGGAAGAGGACAGGCAGGUCACCACUGGCCAUUCCAAAUGGAAAAACAGGCUCUGAGAGGUGAGCUCACGGCCUCUGUAGUGGGGGCUGCCUUCUCAUCCUGGUUCUGGGUAGGGGUCCUGGCUGGAAGGGGGCUGGUCUCCCCAACCCAUGUUCUGCCACAAGGCACGAGGGCAGCCCUGCUCACAGCCAGCUGUCCACUGCAAAGACCGCAGAGGGACAUGCCCAGCUCUGUACGGCCCACAGAACUCCAAACCCAGCUGACUUAAUGUAAUAAAUGUUGCUCAAAUAACCACCUGGGGGAUCCUCAAAUCCACCCUCAUAC